UUUACUUACCAUCUAUAUAUACUAUCCUCCCCAUUAUUCAUUCUCACACUCAAAUCUAUAUACAGUCUUCUCUUUCCAAAAAAAUCAUCAUGAGCAAUUUAACCCACAGAAUAUUACUGGGAGAAUUUGACGGAUCUUCCUCCGAUGAUGAUGAGAUUACAAUGGUGCAAAUGAUCAUGGCCAGGCAAUACCAAAAAUUUCAAAGAAGACGCCAACAAGGAGGUCAUGUUGGUUCUACAAGCGGUCGAGCCUGGAUCCCCCGUGACAGAGUUGCUGCCGACCAACGACUCAAUGAUGAUUAUUUUUGUGAGUAUCCGCUCUAUGACGAAAAAUUGUUUCAGCAACGUUUUCGAAUGAGUCGACCCUUAUUUCACAAGAUCUUGGGCAAACUCCAAGAGCAUGACGUGACGUUCGUCCAAAGGAAUGAUGCGACGGGAGCUGUAGGUCUUUCUGGUAUCCAAAAGAUGACAGCAGCUCUGAGGAUGAUGGCAUACGGGACGCCUGCUGAUAGUCUUGAUGAGUAUCUCAAGAUUGGGGGAAGUACAGCAGUUGAGUCUCUUCAAAGCUUCUGUAGAGGCGUUAUCUCUAUUUUUGAAGCAGAAUACCUGAGAAAACCAAAUGAAGCAGAUACUGCAAGGCUCCUACAUGUGGGCAAUCAACGUCGUUUUCCUGGAAUGCUAGGCAACUUGGAUUGUAUGCAUUGGCAGUGGGACAAAUGUCCAACUGCUUACCAUGGCUUCUUUAGUGGCCGCAGCGGAAAACCCACUAUCGUACUUGAAGCAGUUGCAUCGUAUGAUUUGUGGAUUUGGCAUGCUUUCUUUGGCAUGCCAGGUUCAUUCAAUGAUAUCAACGUGCUUGAUCAAUCUCAUCUCUUUGAUUAUCUCAGUGCAGGUCGUGCCCCUCCAGCCCAUUUUAUUGUUAACGGGAGUCAGUACGACAUGGGGUACUACCUUGCUGAUGGUAUAUAUCCAAAAUGGGCGACUCUCGUCCAAACCAUUUCUCAACCACAAGGAAGAAAGAAGCAACACUUUGCGAGGAUGCAGGAGGCAUGUCGCAAGGAUGUUGAAAGGGCAUUUGGCGUACUCCAAGCACGCUGGGCAAUUGUGAGAGGACCGGCGCGAUUCUGGAAUGAGGAGGAUCUAGGCUACAUCAUGAAAACAUGUGUCAUUUUGCAUAACAUGAUAAUUGAAGACCAACGUGAUCAUGAUGCUAGUGAUGAAAUUACUGAACUUCUUUCUUCCAACCCAAUUCAAGUUUCGAGAGAUAUCACUCCUGCAUUGGUUGAUUUCUUUAAAAAUAACCGGAGGAUUCGAUCAAAUGAGGCACAUCAUUCGCUCCGCAAUGAUCUUAUUGAACACCUAUGGGCCCGUAAUGGAGAUGAAGAAUGA